AUGGCGGAUCUGUGUGAUGUUUUACUGUUAUUUUUGACUUGUGUCCAUUUACUCGUUUGUCCAUUCACCAAAGUAGAAGAGAGCUUUAACAUCCAAGCAACGCACGAUCUCUUGUAUCACAGAGGCAACAUUAGCAAGGUACGGUACUUCAAUUACGAUCGCCUGGUAGCGAUCUCAAAUUUCCAAGCGAAAGUCUCCUAGAGUACAGAGUAGGAGCGCGUUGUUCAUGUAACUGCAGAGUAGAUGCAUUUUGCAAAUUGAAACCCUGAAAAUACGAUGGAAUAGAGAAUUAAAUCUGGAGUACAAUAAAAAAAGUGUUCUUAUUAACCUUACUGCUGUGUAAGUCAUUCCAUUUUUAUCCGUAACCCUCGCUCACCACCAACCGAGGCUGGAAUCCGAACUCUAAAUUUUUUUGCUGGCGCCCUUUGAAAAAUUGAAGGGUAUAAAUUUCGUUGGCUUUACUCAUGAAAAAUUCUCAACUCCACUUUUCAAAAACCUGUCAUUCUUAGGAGGGAGGAAAUUGUGGGAUGGGGUGGGGGGCGGCGGGGACACAUUAAAAUUGGAAUGUCCCAGGUAAUUCUCUGUUCCAUCACUUGCUUCAUACAUUGUAGUGCUACAAGCUUAAGGUACGACAGUAUAUUACGUAACCCUGAAAUAAAAAAAAUGACUACUAGCUAGGUUAUGCCUAUAUUUUUUGCUCCUUUUAUUGUCAUAUUGUUUAAUUUAAGACCAUUUUAAGCAACAAGCUUUAGUUAAUUUUUGUAUGUCCUUCUAUUUCUUUUUCAGUAUGAUCACUUGGAGUUUCCUGGUGUUGUCCCUCGCACUUUUCUUGGUCCUAUUGUGGUUUCAUCACUCGCAUAUCCAGUGAUUACAGGUCUUAAUGUUGCUGGUGCAUCAAAACUAUGGUCACAGAUUGUAGGUAUAAUUAUACAUAUUAAUAUUUGGUCAGGUAGUAGAUUAUCCUGAGAGCAGAGUCCCUUCCUCUUCCUCUUCCUGACUUAUCAAGGAAGAUCUAAAUGCCACUGAUUAAAGGGCAGUAGCAAAUACCAAAUAUUUAGCAAAUUAUAUUAUUGUUAGUGGAUGAGGAUACAUAAUGUCAUUUUUCCACAUCAUACGAUACAGAAUGCAUUUAAAGGGCCACAAUGGGAUGUAUGAUCAGGGCUCCAAAAAAAAAAAUUGAAUUCCAGCUUGUCCUUUGGGCAAGCAGCUCCCUCAUUUUGCUUGCAUUGGGCCUCUUCUUGCUCGUCUUAAUUAAUGAUUAAGUUAAAAGAUGACUUGCUUAGACCCUUGCCUUUGGCCAAGUGAAUUUAAAAGUUAUAUGCCCUGGAAGAAAAUCUGCUUGUCCCGGACGACUGGAUGGGACUUUUUUUGAGCCCUGAUGAUAAGAUACAUACUGUGAAGGACUGGACUUACAGUUCCCAUUACUAGUUGGGGGUGCAAAAACUCUUCAGCUGGCAAAUGACAAAUAUUAGUAGUUAUGCAUUUGUGUACCAUCUUGUCUGCCAUCUUCAUUAAGGUAAGAAAGAUGCUAGGCAGGGAUGGUUUGCUUUUUCAUUUUGUCUCUACCAUAAGAUGGCCUUACAGUGGCUAAAUGGAGAGUUUAAGACAUUGAUUUAGUUUAAGUUUUUUGAGAUAAAUAUAGAGCAAUUUAGAGUCACAUUUAUGACAAAAUAUGGCAAACAGGAAUAAUUACAAUAUCUACAAAGGGCUUCUGAUAGGUCAAGGAAAAAAAAGUCAAAUUUUGCGGGAUUCUUAGGGCCAAAUUCACGGAAAAGUCGGCCGAUUUCACGGGAAUUUUCGGGGCAAACUUCACCAAAAAGUAAUCAGUAAAAAAUGGCCGAUUUCGUAUAUGUUUUCAGGGCAAAUUUUGCUAGGAAUCGAUCGGUUUUGCGCUGAUCAGACCAGCGUUUCAAAAGUUUUUCUAACAGAGGUCGUCAUUUGCUCUUUCAACAACAAUACGUUCCAGAAAUGAACCAAUGGGAAAACUUUUAACAUCAUGGCUGGUGCCCAGUUUUUCGCAACAUAAUCUAUGCCUGAUAGUUUCGGGACGUUAUUUGCACGUUUCAGUGACGGAGUUUCAAGAUGAAUUUGCAAGUUUACGGCAAGCAAAUAGCCCCAAUAGCUGAGCUAAGUUUCAAAUAUGUUGUACAGACAUGUAUUUGAUAAGAUUUCUACCGAAUUUCAUGGUAUUUUGUGUAUUUUUGUGACUUUUGCAGGAUUUCGCAGAUUUACCUGAAUUUCACAGCACUGCGACAGCGCAAAAUAUCAGAAGCCCUGUAUACAACAAGACCAAGUGUUUACUUAUCUAGGCUGUAAAGAUCCUUAUUUAAGCAAAAUCAGUCAAACAUCAGCCUAGAAGUAGAGUUUAACCAUUAUUUCCCUUUCUUUUCAGUCCGUUUUUCUCUAGGUGUUAUCUCUCUGUUUGCCUUUUCAAAGUUCAGAAGCUCAAUCUCACUUACCUUUGGUUCAGAUGUUGGAGUUUUCUUAGCACUGAUAACUGCCUCUCAGUUUCACUUGUUAUUUUAUUUAUCAAGACCACUACCAAAUACAUUUGCCCUUGUAUUAGGUAAGUAAUAUACUACUUAUUAACCAAGAUUGAGUUUCAUUACAGGGAAAUCUCAGACCAAAGCCUUGAACGAAAUCAAUACAUCAAGGCUGAGGUCUGAGAUUUCCCUGUAUUGACCAAACCAUCGAGGGUAAUAAGUUAUUUAUUAUGUGGCCUUUUUAUUAUGGACCUGAGCCUGCGAUCAAUUAAAGCCAACAACUGGUCAGUGGAUAACUUUAAAAAACACAUCACCUCAAUGAGUCGUACACUUGAGCCCUUUUUCACAGCUGUCAAUUGACUAUGACAUGGAUGUCCAUAAGGAUGCCCACUGUCAAGUUAAAUACAGAUUGUAUAUGCCUUGGCACAUGUGUAGCUAGUAAUGCCUGGUCGUUACUAGAAAAUAAUACCCUGUCAUUACAAAAAAACAGCCAAUAAGAGAGCGUACUACAUGUAUUUUAGCCAUAUGAUAAAGAAUUUUAAUAUUCAGACUGUCUAAUUUACAAAUCAACAACAAUUUUCCAUGAUCUGACUACAUUUAUGAAGACCUUAAAAUGUUCAAAACUCAAGUGGAAUCACGAGCUGCAACGGAGUGUUUUCACUGUAAGUUUUGAACAUUUUGAUAUCACUUCUAUGGUCAUUAUGAGAGUGGUUGCAAGGACAGUAUUGACUAUAUGUGUAUUCCUUCAUUUUUUCUCCUUUGUAGUUCUUUUUGCUUUCCGGUUUUGGCUUAAUCAACAUCAUUCAAAGUUUAUCUGGACAUCAGCAUUUGCUAUCAUCAUCUUCAGAUCGGAGCUUUGCAUUUUGUUGGGGCUGAUUUUCUUCCUGGAGCUUGCUACCAGACGAGUAUCUCUGCUAACAGGAAUCUUGCAUUCUGCUUUAGCAGGAAUAUGUGCAGUAGGUACUAAAAGCUUUGACAUAUCAUCUUUUGGCUUACCUUAUUCAGGUUGCCAUUUUGUAGAGAAUUGCAUAUGAUACAGGUGAACUGUAUUUACUUGAUUAAAUGCUUUCCUCAUAUAUUAUAUUAAGGCCACAAAUGGAAGCAAAGUUACCAAAAAACACUACUCUUAAGAAAAUGUUGCACCUAAUCAGAAGAAUGUGGAGUUAUUUGAAGGAUUAACCCAUUUGCCCCUGAACCGCCCGUAACCGCCCGUGCAGAUCCAGGUCCUUUCUACCCUUUGUGACGUCAUCAGUUUUAACGGUCAAGGACAACUUUCUUCGCUAACUUGUGCAGAGUGAAGAGAUCCUUCAAACCAUACCAGAAUGAGCACAAUUCAGUCAAGGACACCAGAGAAAGAAGCAAAAAACCACGUGACAUUGACCUGAAAAUCUCCAUGAAAAUCUUGUUCCAUUGCUCACCUACCUUUCCUUUCACCUAAUCCUAAGAUCCUAAAAGCUUUCCUAAAAACUCUUCCCACCAAAAUGAAGCCUACCAAAUGCCCAGCAAGAGAAAAAAAAAUGAGGCAAGAAAAGCGAAAAAAGAAGGGAGGAGAGAAAGCGAAAAGUAAAAGUCAAGACUGCUGUGUCACCAAAAUAUUUAUUUUGUUUUCUGCGCAUGCCCGAACUUCGCAAGCUGAUAUUUUGCAUCUGGAUCAGGGCCGGGUUGUUCAAACGUUGGAUAGCACUAUCCACUGGAUAAACCACUGUCCAGCGGAUAAGUAUCAGGGAAACUAAUUGCACUAUCCACUGGAUAGUGAUUUAUCCGGUGGAUAGUGCUAUCCAACCUUUGAACAACCGAAGCCAGAAGGCCGCGAAGUCUACGACCUGUAAACCGGUUUGUGGUAAGUUUUAGCUCUUUAUAGCACGACAGUGACCAGAAAACCACUUGACUAGCUUCAAAACGCGUUUUUCGGCAAAAUCUCCAGGAGCGAAUGGGUUAAAUAAGAUCAAAAAACAACUGUAUAGAAAAGUUUGGUACAACUAGGUACAUUCUAUCAGAAGCCAAACCGUUAUGAUUGUAAAAAUGUCUCUGUUUUACAUAUUUACAAUGAUUCCUCAUAAAUAUGUUGUUGUCAGUGAUUUAUGAUUUUGAAAUGAGCAAACCACAUCCUGGAAUAAACGUAACCCUUGAAUAAAUCCCAUGUCUAAAAAGCCAAAAAGGUGAUAAACACCUCUGUGCUUAAUCAAGUAAUGCUCAAUAUUCCAACAAAUACCUGCUUGGAAUUGAUUGAGCUAUGAAUGCAAUACUCGCUUUUUUCUGGAUUAUUGUAACUUGCAUCCAUAAUUAAUUUUAUAUGGGUCAUGUAAGGUUUGAGUUGGUGAAUAAUGAGUAAAUGUUAAAUGUAAUCAAUUUAUGUUUAUAUCAUUAUACUACUACAUGCGAAAUUUCUGCAGUUUGAUUGGCUUACAGCAGUGGUAUUUCAGCUUAAUUUGAAAUACCUACAGGUGAAAAUUACAAACCUUUGCGGGUAGUAGUGUAAACAAAUAAUAGCAUGACUUGUACAUGAAAUUCGGCAUAAAUAUCACUUGUUAUAUUUCAAAAUUAUCUCAAAUUUCACUUGCCUAAAGGUUUUUUUGAAAAUACGUUUAACAAUUGUGAAAUAUCACUCAUGGUAUUUAUGCCAAUUAUACUAAGAAUCAUGCUAUUACCUGUACAAAUUGACAAAAACGACUUAUUUUGUUGUAGCUUUGACUUUUUGUGUGGAUUCAGUGUUCUGGAAAAGAUACCUGUGGCCAGAAGGGGAGGUGUUAUGGUAUAACACAGUUCUUAACAAAAGCUCCAAUUGGGGAGUAUCCUUUUAAAUUAUAACAAGAAAUAGUAUUAAAUAAUGCAGUCUGCAGAAUGACUGUGCAGGACUGUGCAGGACUGUGCAAAUCAUGAGCAUAUUUUAUGAGGUUAUAAAGUAUAAACUCGGAUGUGAAGGAAAUCAUUUAUUUCUAAAGACCUUUUUUGUUUGUUUUUGGUUUUACAGUACAGGUGUAUUUAAACAAGAUGUUUUGACACACUGACAGAACAAGAAAUGUCCGAAAGAAAAAUGGUGACUUGUCCUUUCGCCAAUUGUCGUUUCACUAACGUCCAUUUUGCCUGCCAAUGUCUUAAGUGGUUUUGCUUGUGACACGAAGUGAGCACCACACAUAAUUAUAUUUACCUGAUUCUUUUAGCCAUGACGCCGACAAAAAAGUCCCAUACACACGCGUAUACCACUUUGUUUAAGCUGCAAAUCAGGUUAAUGAAGUUGGGGAACUGUCCUAACACGUUAGCCAAACGACUUAAGAUGUUGGCAAAGAGAAGGUUGACAAAACGACUGUUAAUUGAAAAGCAUAUAAAAUACUCUGAGGUUGUAUGGUUAUCUUUUCUAUUUUUUUUUUUGUUUUAUUUCUUUUUUUACCUUACCAUUAAAAAGAAUUAUUGAAGUUUGGAUAGCAUAGCCCAAGAUACCCCUUUGCUUGAAAAAAAAAAAAGAAGUAAACAAAAAGAUAGAAAUCUACCAUUUUGGACCCCGUUGUUCCUUGAUCACAUCUCAGACAUCUCCGUUCCUUUGGUACUUCUACUCAGUCCUCCCCAGAUGUUUACUCUUUGCCCUUGUCCUAGUCCCUCUCGGCCUUUGGCGGGACAGGAGGACCUGGACUCUAGCAGCUCCUUCCAUUGCCUUUGUGUUUCUUUAUUCAUUUCUUCCACAUAAGGAGCUUCGAUUUAUCAUUUAUGUCAUCCCUGUGCUCAAUGCAGUGGCAGCAUGUGGAAUGAGCUUUAUGUAAGCGCUGUUAAUGAAUACCAUCUUUAAUUGGUGUCAUUAAAUUUAGGGACCAACCAUACUGACAAUGAUCAAAUAGAUACUAGGAGCACGUAUUUAAUUUUGGGAGCCAAAAGGGGGCGUUUAAUAGAAAGGAGGCAUUUAAAGGUGAGAGGCAUUUAUUCUGUAUUAAACUGUAACAAUUUCCAAAAAACUAGUAUGCUUUCGAUAGGUGAAUGAUUUACUACAGUUUGUAAAUGGCAAACUACCCAGUCUAUCCAUUGAUAUGUCUAGGUCGUUUAGAGAUCCAUAUGGUUUUUGUAAAGCUCUAUUUCGAUUUCAGAAUCUUUACUCUAAACUUGUUAUAAAACAAGUUGCAAGAAAGCAAGCAAUCUGAACAAAUUCCAGGGCGUCUCUUACACAGGGCGGGCAGGCGUUUAUUAGAGAGGGGCAUCUUUUACAAACUCAAAAGCGUAGGGGGUAUUAGACAAGAGAAGUUCAUUAUAGAACUAGAGGGCGUUUAUUAGAUCAUUUACGUGUUAAAAGAAAUCUUGUGCGGUAGAACUAAAUAUAAGCUGACAGUUAUGUGCAAAAUUUGUUUCGCGUUGCUUUGCUGGUGAAGGCCCCAUCGUAGCUACCUGAAAACUGGUUACAUGUACCUGAAGGCAAUAAUCUAGUAGCUUUUCUUGUAGAAAGCAUGGUUAAAGGUUUUUUUUGUCCUGUUUCGGAAUUUACUCUAUGGAAAUUCUGGGUGGUGGCUCUUUAACUUACAUUCUGGGUGUCCACCUUGUGUAAGCUUAAUGUUGAUGCUUGUGUAAUUUUCUCAUGUUUUCCAUUUAUGUUUCCUUUGAAAAGAUUGCUCAUUGAACGUGUUGACUGAUUUUCAGAUACAAGAAUGAAGCUAAAUGGAAGCCAUUACUGUCUGUUCUCGUGAAAUUUGUCACUGUGGGGGGACUGCUGGGCAACUGCUUGGUCAGUGGUUUAUUGCUGUUUAUCUCCCAUCAUAACUACCCUGGAGGAGUAGCUUUUCAAAGGAUUCACGCACUCCUAGACAAUCAAACAGGUAGAGAGUAUUGCUUUCACUGUCACAGCUGUUGGAUUAACGCCUACAGUUUACCACCCACAUUACGGGGAACGUCCUUCUUAAGGACGUUACGAUCUGACAACGACGACGCCAGUGAAAAUGUCGUUAAAAAAUAUACCCUGCAUCCUUUCAAACGUUUUUCGCGAUUUCUGUAAGUCGUCUAGUUACUUAAAAGUAGUGAAAUUAGGUUGGAGCUGAGGAAGGGAACAGCGUUCGAGCUCAGACUGAGAUAGUAACAUUUAUCGCCAUGCUGGUCCCGUUUUCAAGUUGACUUGAGAUUCGGGAACGAAGGGAAUUAGAGGACGUCUUCGGCUCUUACCAAAAGGUGGUGACAGGAAGAAGAGUUAGUUUUCUCGGUUGGAAGAGGAGAGUUGUUGUAGUUUGUACUAAACUGCUUUCCAUAUAGGACUUGACUGAUAUGGCUGGAUAGUUUUCAUUAAAAGUGAGACUCUCGUUUCGACGGGAAUGGUGUGGUCAGUCAGUUCUGACAAAUGGAAAACGCCCAAAGGCUGUGUUCACGCCAUACCGGAUGGCUUUUGUGCCGACAGGAAAAUUAUUCGGUAUAGUGUGAACAGAAACGACACAGAACUGGAACAAGUUGUUCACACCAUAGUAGAGGAGACUGGUUAGGAAACUCGGCAAACAUCAAUGUUGAAAACAACUGGUGCUGUAGGUUAUGUUGGAAGCUCCCUGACUGUGCACAAUCCUUUGUUUCCUGUUCACAAAUUAUGACUGAAUAAAUUAAUGCAAUAUUUCUAUUGGUCAGUAACUUCAAAAUGAUGGGAAUGCUAUUGAACGUUGUGCAAGGUCAGGUCCAAAAAAGCGAACAAAAACCUAUAACAAAGGGUUUCCCAACCAUUCUACGUAAAUUAACUAUGUUCACACACAUCGGUCGUCGUGACGGAACGGUUGGCCGAGAGGGUUUGGUGAACUAAAUCCCAUUUCUCGGUCCCACGUAUUCCCUUCCGCUGCGGUCUUUACACCUGUUCACACUACACCAAAGUGUGGCACAGAACCUAUCCGAUAUGUGACGCUCUACUUUAGAGGUAGACGCGGCGCAGCUUUGCUCCGUGACUAGGAGGCAGUGUGGCCGAGCGGUUAGAACGCUGGACUUUUAAUUCGUAAGCCCCGAAUUCAAGUCCCCCUCUGACCGCUAGCUGGAUUUGUUCACGGUAGUCCCGAGUUCAAAUCCUCGGCCACGCUUGUAAAUAGCCAGCUGGUUUGCCUCCAGACCAGUUGGGAUUCUCAACCCUGUUAAGUUCAAUUUGAAUUAUUUGCUUCAGGUAUUUGCUCGGCCUCACUAACAUUAGUGCAAUAAAUACUGCGGAGGGUAAAUAACGGAAUUAUUAUUAUUAUUAUUAUUAUUAUUAUUAUUAAUCUCCUAUAUUGUAGGAGGUUUUUGUCACAGGCUGCAUUCCACAAAUAAGCAGAGUCCUUUUUUGUUUUCCUCAGAGGCUUGUCGGGUCCACAUUUCUGUUGCUGCUGCUCAAACUGGAGUUUCUCGGUUUGGCGAAGUGAAUCCUUCCUGGAGGUGAGCAACCCUCUACACUUACCGGGGAUAGUUUUGUGGAAAGGAGAUAAACUUUUACACAUGCGCGCGAAUGUUGCUAGGAUGCCGUCUAAUUGCAACUUACAGUCUUACUCUUGUUUUUCACACCAGCUUAGUCUUUCCACUGUUCGUUCUAAGGCCGUUCAGUCAUGUCUAAUACUUUCGACAUGUUACGAGUGGAAAAUUUAUACGUUUUACAACUCGACUGGACAAGUAGUGUCCACUCGACAGAUAGAGUUGUCGAGUCAAAAUGCAUGGCUUUGGUUCACUCAAGCUUCCGCGUCGAAAGUUGUCUAGUCGUACUAUCUGUACUCAGCCUCAGCUGUGCAGUCCUGCUUUUAUUACAAUACGAUUUUCAUUGUUUGCCUCUGUCUCUUGGAUGGUGGUCUAUCUUUAGAUCAUUGCCGCUGCGACCGUUCAAUAUUCGAUCGCUGUACUUUCUUUUUCAGGCAUCCUAGCAGUUGCAGCUGUCACCCCGUAGCGAUCAUAACACAUUUGGGAGCUUAAGCAACAAUCACGGCGACGGUUACGAAAACGUCACUUACAAAGUGAAUGCUCGCUGCUUUAAACUUUAUGACGCUUAUUCCACAUCGUCUAAUUCAUCAAAUGUUGGCAAAUGUUUUGGAGUUGAAUUCUAAAGGACUGUAUCACUGUUCAGGAAAGAAAAAGAAAGUUAUUGUCUUCUGUUCCCGUUCUCAACAAAACGUGAAUUUAGGCACUUUCACGUUGUAGUCGUGCCAAGACGGCGAAGAAAUGUACGAAAAAGCGUGAUGCACGUGCAAAGUUGUUUUGCUAAUCUUAACCGAUUAUCUUUACCAUCGCCAUCAUCUUUGCUUAAGCUCCCUAUUGUAUCACACGGAAACCAGCCUUUACGGAAGCUUUAACUGUAGUCACUUUUCACAGAUAUUUCAAGACAGAAGAUCUACCCGAUGACAGCCCUGAAAUGCUGGGAUUCACUCAUCUCCUUACUGAGCCACCAUGUGACAAAAUGAAGCGAUCGCACUUACUUCUCGACACUGUAAAUGGUUUUGAAAGGAUUAGUUUGGAUUUUAAACGUUUUCCUUUCUUUUCUUUGGUAUUAGCUCCUAAAAUUUGUAUUCAAGAGAAGCGGGGAUGGAAAAAAAGCGAUAAGAGCAGGAGCUAGUUGUUUGAAUCCUAUAUCGCAGCAUAGGGUGCA